CUUCAUAAUAGAUUUGGAUAAUGGUACAGAGUGCACUUACAAAGUUUGCAGACAAUGCCAAGCUGUAGGUACCUCUGGAGUCCCACAACGCAGCGACCCAGCGAUGGCGGGAAGAAAUGCUAUGGAGAGCUGGGUGUGGAUGUGGCAAGCGCUGGUUUUCAAUCAGCUGCUCUGUGGAGUGGCCCUGCUACACCAUGGCAGGGAUCCACAGCGUCAGGUGCAGCCACUCCACAGUCUGUCAUGGAGCUUCCUCCAGGUGCUAACUCCGACCAAAGGGAGUUUCCAGCCUCCCAAGAGUAACAUGAGGCAACAUAUACGUAGGAAACGCCUGUUUGGUGUGCAAGGUUCAGAAUCGGCCCAUUUCUGAGAACAAUAAAAAGAAACUAAAUUCCUCUCUUCUCUGCAGAAGCAGCCAGGGCUGCCGCGAAUCCCCCACAACUGCUCCUAGCUGAACUGACUUGUUCGGUGUGCCUAGAUUAUUUUAAAGGUCCAGUGUCUCUAGAUUGUGGGCACCAUUUCUGGCAGGCCUGCAUCGCUCAGUGCUGGGAGGCGUUGAGUACGAACUCCCACUGUCCUGAGUGCAGAGAAACCUUCUCCCAGAGAAACUUCAAACCAAACAGACAGCUGAGGAAUAUUGUAGAAGCGUCCAGAAUGCUUACGCUGGAGUCAGCAAAAGAACCAGAAGUUGAGACAGUGCGCGAAAAACACCAGAGGGCUUUAGAUGUCUUCUGUCAAGAGGAUCAAAUGCCCAUUUGUUUGGCUUGCCAUCUGUCCAGAGAUCACAGAGAACACACUGCAGUUCCCAUAGAGGAAGCUGCUGAGGAAGGUGGGUUUGUCAGCGGUUUUCUGUCAUAUGGCAUUAUUCUCAGUUGUAUCAUGCGUGUCGUUUUUGUCCCCUGGGCUGCCUCGGAACUGAGUGUUCUGGGCGGAUUUACUGAUACAGCCAUUUACUGCCUGGAACAAUCACUUGCAGCCAACGUGACUCUGGAUCCAGACACGGCCCAUCCCGACCUCACCGUGUCUGCGGAUCGGAGACGUGUGAGAUGGGGAGACACACGGCAGGAUCUGCCUGACAACCCUGAGAGAUUUGACACUAAGUCCUGUGUGCUGGGCUGUGAGGGAUUCAUCUCGGGCCGACAUUACUGGGAGGUGGAGGUGGGGGUGGAGGCGAUGGGAGUCUGUGCUGUGGGGGGGUGGAAGGGACGGAUCCGCCCUAACCCCGAGGAGGGGAUCUGGGCUGUGCUGUGCAGUGAGGAUCAGUCCCGGGCUCUCACGUCCCCUGGGCAGAGCACCCCCUUGUCCCCAAGCCAGGCACCCCGCAGGAUCCGGGUUUAUCUGGACUAUGAAGGGGGGCGGGUGGCGUUUUUCGAUGCUGGUCGCGGGGACCCGAUCGUCACUUUCCCACCGGCCGCUUUCGCCGGGGAGAGAAUCCGCCCGCUCUUCUGGGUUGGUGUUAGCGUGCGGCUCCUCUAGCCCCCACCCCCCCUGAUCUCUAUGGCCUGGAGGACUCCGCCAGUCCUCCCCCCCGCACAGACGGGGCUGAAGGGGGGGACGCUCUCCCCGUAGGUCUAUGGCUGUGGAGGUCUGUGUGAGGCGGCGCUUUAGGCUGGGUCUCUGUGCUCCUUGGAGGCCGACUCUGUGUGGAGUGGGGGGGGGUCCCACCAAGGAAGGAGGGACCCCCUGUGGGAGAGGGGCGCAGUCGAAGGCCAGGGAG